AACAAAUCGAAUCGGGCGAAAGCAAUCAAUGAAAAGCAUACGAAACACAAUACUAAUUCACGUUGCCUAGACAAGACAGGACUAGACAAGACAAGAGAAAAUAAGACAGAGGUCAACCAUUGGCCAGACAAAUAAUAAUAACUUUGCAGUCUUCAUUCUUCAAUCAGCCAUGGUGCAAGUAACACAAACAGAAGAAGAUAUCAAAAUCAUCAUUGAAUUGAAUCGCCUAAUAACGCGCAAACCGGAUGUCAUUCUCUUACCGCAAUACAUAAAAUUCAAUAAUCCGCCAAUAUUCUUCGAACGUCAUCUUGUCAAUGAAAUUGACGAGUUGUCCAGUUUUUGUCGCAUUUUCAAGAAUGAAGCGCGUCUUGUACUUGUGAAGAAGCAAAAGGGCAUCUGGCCAGAAGUAUUUCAGAAGCUUUCCAAAGACGAGUUAAAGCAAAAACGUUUAGAGAUUUCCGAAUUAAUAGUCGAGCGUAAUAAAGAGCGUGAUAAGCAUGCAAUUGAGCGCUUUGAGCAAAAGCGACGCUCCGAAAUCGACAAGGAGAUAAAACGUGAGACGGCAAUGAGAGAGCGGGUCAAACAAUUUCAAGAGAAUGCGCGUCGCGAAGCGUUGAUGGUAGGUGUUCGCAAGGAGACACAUACAAAAUCACAGGUCACACCUCAAAUUUCAGCACCAAUGGCGGCAAUCAACAACACGAACGUGACGGGCCAACGUAUUGGUACGCCGGUAGUGCGACCGAGGGCGAGCAUUAGGAGUGGGGGUAAAAUAAAUGUGAGCUUUUCGAAAUAUACAUGGAGUACACCGAGGCGAGAGUCACAGGAAGGCAUACAACGGCCAUUUACCAUGCACAACAGCAACAACGACAACUACGAUGCACCAUUGGAAAGUCAUGAGCAGCGCGAUGUGAACGACUUGAAUGCAACAGAUUAAUGCGGGCAAAGCAAAUUUGAGUUUGGAAUGAAAUUUGUUUAUAUGUAGAAAGGAGAAAAAACUGAUUGGACU